AUACAGAGGUAGACUGGUUGGUAGCUAAUCUCUCUCUCUCUCUCUCUCUCUCUAAAUUUUCUUCGCGCUAGGACUGCUCAAAGGUACGACGAUCUCAAGCUCAACUUCCAUUUAUUUCAUUUACCAAUCUAGUGCUUCAAUCCAAUCUCAAUUUCGAUCUACCGUCAUAUUUUGAGGUACUUUGUUCAUUGCAUCUGCUGAUCAAUGAUCGUAACUUAACCGCCCCUUCUCCUAUCCCCAUUCUAGGGUUUGCAAUUUUCAAUUCCUCAAUUCCACCUCGUUUGAUAUCAACUUUAACUCUCGCAUCGCACACCAUCAAUGAACGCGUGCUCGAUCGAUCCUUUAUUGCGUCAUAGCGACGUCUACUUAUGUGAACCUAGGAUUUAGGCAAACCUGGGAUUUAGAGAUUUCAAUUCCUUAAUUCCACGUCGUUUGGUAUCAACUUUUACAUCGCACACGGUCGAUGAACGCGUGUUUGAUCGAUCCCUUAUAGCGUCAUAGCGACUUGUUCAUAUAUAAACCUGGAAUUUAACCAACCUGUAAUAAGUAAUAAUGGCCAGCGCGGGUGAGGAGGAAAACGACGCCGUUCUGAGCGACGUCGAGGCCGACGAUCCUGUACCGAUUUCAAUACAGAGUCCCUCGGCGGAUGACGUGUCCGUCGAGAGGUUUAGGGAGGUUCUCGCCGAGCUUGAUCGCGAGCGGCAGCUGCGCGAGGCGGCGGAGAGCGCCAGGUCCGAGCUACUGGUGUCGUUCAACCGGCUCAAGGCGCUCGCUCACGAGGCGAUCAAGAAGCGCGACGAGUUUGGGAGGCAGCGCGAUGAGGCGCAGCGCGACAAGGAGGAGGCCGUGAGAGCGAACGAGAAGUUAUCAAGUGAAUUAGCCGAGGCCUGUAGGUUAAGAGAGGAGAAUUCGAAGCAGUUAGAUGAGUUAGUUAAGGUGAAGGAGUCAUUUAGGUCGGAGAUGGAUACUGCAUCUCAGAUGUUGGUUACUGGUAUUGAGAAGAUAUCAGGGAAAGUUAGUAAUUACAAGAAUUUUGCACAAGGUGGAUUGCCUAGGUCUCAGAAGUACAAUGGGUUGCCUGCAGUUGCUUAUGGAGUUAUUAAGAGGACGAACGAGAUUGUUGAAGAGCUUUUGAAACAGAUUGACUUGGCAACUAAGUCUAGGAAUGAAGCUAGGUUACAGAUGGAGCAGAGGAGUUACGAGAUUGCUAUCGAGGUUUCGCAGCUUGAGGCGACGAUUAGUGGGUUGAGAGAGGAGGUUUCCAAGAAAACUUCUGUCGUGGAGGAUUUGGAGAAAUCUGUGGCGGAAAAAGAUGGGAAGAUGAUUGAGAUUGAAAAGGAGAUGUCGGAGAAGCUGAAUUCGGCGGAGAAUGAUGUGGCAGGGUUGAAGCAGUUAGUUGGUGAGUAUGACGACAAGUUGAGGAACUUGGAGUCGAAGAUGGACUUGCAUAGGCCGCUAUUGGUUGAGCAGUUGAAUCUAGUAUCGAAAAUUCAUGACAGGCUUUAUGGGGUUAUUAAGAUAGUUGAUACCGGUAAAAUGGACCAGUCGGAAGUGUCUGAGUCCAUGUUUGUUCCACAAGAAACAGAUGUUGAGGAGAAUAUUCGUGCUUCCUUAGCAGGGAUGGAAUCAAUAUGUGAAUUGACUAGAAUUGUGGUUGACAGAACGAAGGAUUUGGUAGAGGAGAGGAGUCGCGAAGUGAAAAGUUUAAGUGAAACUGCUUCUCGGUUAGCCAAGGAGAAAGAACAUAUUGGGUCCCUGUUGAGAAGUGCUUUGUCACGAAGGACUUCAAUGGAUUUGUCAUCGAAGACGAAUGAAUUGUUUAAAGUUGCAGAAAAUGGAUUAAGAGAGGCCGGAAUAGAUUAUAGAUUUAGUAAUCAUCGAGGGAGUGGAAAGGAUGCUGCUUCUUAUGAUAAAGCUGAGGGUCCAGAGACGGAGAAAGAUGAAAUAUACGCUUUGGCAGGAGCUUUGGAGGAUAUUAUUAAGCAAUCUCAGCUUGAAAUCAUUGAGCUGCAGCAUUCAGUGGAGGAGCUAAGGGCAGAGACAAGUUUACUUAAAGAGCAUGUGGAGGCUCAAGCCAAGGAGCUUAACCAUAGGAAGCAACGUCUGGAAGAACUUGAAGAGAAGGAGAGAGUGGCAAAUGAAAAUAUUGAAGGACUUAUGAUGGACAUUGCUGGUGCUGAAGAAGAAAUUACGAGGUGGAAAGUGGUAGCGCAGCAGGAAGCUGCUGCAGGCAAAGCUGUUGAGCAAGAGUUCAUGGUGCAGUUGUCAGCUGUACGCGAUGAGCUUGAAGAGGCGAAGCAAGCUGUGCUUGAGUCAGAGAAGAAGCUAAAAUUCAAGGAAGAAACAGCAGCUGCUGCCAUGGCAGCAAGAGAUGCCGCUGAGAAAUCGUUGAGAUUGGCAGACUCGAGGGCAACUAGGCUGAGGGAUAGGGUUGAGGAGCUGACCAAUCAGCUCGAACAGCUCGAUACCCGGCAAAAUUCGAGGGGCCUAAACAGCAACAGAUACGUAUGUUGGCCGUGGGAAUGGCUUGGGUUGAACUUCGUUGGCUCCCGACUGUCAGACGCACAACAACAGAGUUCGAAUGAAAUGGAGCUCUCUGAACCCCUUAUCUGAGUAUACUUUUCCCUUCUCCUUUGUGUAUUUGUUGUGAUCUUUAGAAAUUUAAUGAUCAUGAAAUGGUAGUCUGUAGAAAUUUGUUUUUCCAAGGCUUCAUUAUUAAUUAAGCUAAGUUAACUACAAAGUCUAUUGUACACAAGUGGCAACCUCACUGAGGCAAAGUUAUACUUGUCUUUUGGGGGACUGACUGUUCUGUUUAGUCAAUCAAAUGUGCUCAAAAUUCAUAUCAAUAUACCAUCGAUUGUUCCUUC